AUGGACCAGGACUGGCGAGCUUUGGCCACACGGCGAGCCGAAUACGUGUCCAAAAAUUCAUUUGGGCUUCUCAUGGGCUACUUGUUAAGUGUGAGAACCAAGAAAAACAAGAAGAAACCAAAACCAGAGGUGAAGCCAAAACAAGAUGUUUCCUCCACUGGUGGCAAGGAACCUGAUGAAGGUGCUUGGGAAACCAAGGUCAGUAAUCGAGAAAAACGUCAGCAGCGCAAAAAAGAGAAGGGUCCUGGUGACAGCUCUGGGAGCCCUGUGGGUGGAGAUCGUGCCAGCCAGAAGGUAGAGCAACCUGCGGUUACAGUCCCAGCUGGCACCAAAAAGAACAAAGAGUCAUCACGUGCCAAGGCCUCGAAGGGUGAUGCCAUUAUAGUGACAUCUAACUGUAAUGAUGUGAACUCUGUAAAUGGUGGAGGAUGGACAGAGGGUCCUGUAAAGUCAACCCAAACAAAUGCUUUAAACAAUAAGAAGUUGUCUGUUGGGAAAAAGACCCCUGGGAACAAGAACUGUGAGAACUCCACCUGGAAACAAGAACCAGAGGGGCCGUGGACUGGUUUGAAUGGUAGAAUUAAGGCAGAAACUAAACCAGUAAACGUGCUCAGACUGAACCCAUCAGGUGGAGAGACUGGGACUAAAUCUAACCGUGAUAGCGGCCAAUGGGACAAUGAACGCACCAGUGAAUGGUCCAGCUUAAAUGGUCUUCCCUCUGGGGACCUGAGCUCCUCAGACUGGAAUGCUCCAACUGAGUUAUGGGAGAAUUUUGAAGAUCCCAAAGUAGAUGCCCCUGUUUUGAAAGAGAUGCCGGUUUCCAAGCCACUUGUGGAAUCAAAUGAUGACAAUGACAAGGCAGACCCUGCAGGAGGUGGAAAAUCCAAAAGGCGAAAGAAAAAGAAGAGACCAGAGGAAGUCAGUUCAGCCGCUGAGGUGACUCAAGUAGGUUCUGCUCCUGCAGAGAAGAUUGUGACUGUCAAGCCUCGUCCUCCUCAUGUUCCAAAGGAUGAGGGAUCCAAGCAAAACAUCCCUCCACAGUCUUCACAAAAGAAAUCUGAUCAGAAUUGGGAACCACCGAAGCAAGUUCAGAAGAAAAAGGCCAGGAGAGAAACAUGAACCAUGAGUAACAUCCAGGAAAGCUUAUGCAAAUGUGAUUAUGCAAUAAUUUCACAGUACAGAAUUUUAUACUGAAUAAAUUUACUGUGCUUUAAAAAAAAUCAAAAAUAGAAACAAAACUGGGUUGGAAGAACUCGGCACAAAAAAAAAGACAAAUAUAGAGUAAAAGUGAGCAUUCUGUUGGCUGGAACACUAUGUAUGUGCACUAUUACGCUACACUGAGGUUUGUUGAGGAAUACUUAUCAUCCUUGAUAUCAGACAUGCUUUCAGUGGAGCAAAACAUUAAUGAUAAUUUUUUUCCCCAACUGCUACUAAACUGAUUUUGAAGUUGGAGUGUUGAAUUUAAUUUGGGAAAUUUUAAGGAUCUACUUUUGUUCUAUCUAUUACUGUUCCUGUGACACUUUAGUACUUUUGAAUUACACUUUGCAGUCCAGUAGUUGCAGAAGUGCCACAGUUCCUGUUAGAAGCCACAGAGAGGCGCUGCGAGCCGGCGUCUCCUCCAGCAGUACUUCUGUGACAUUAGCUUGAGCAGUAAGAGGUCAAUUCCUGUAAUCCUGUAGAUCGCUGUGGUGGAAAACCAGAGAACGGUUAUAUUACAGAGAAUUUUUUUUAAUGCUAAGCCUAUUUUCUUAGAGCUUUUCUUCCGUCCUUAUUAUAUAUAUAUAUAU